CGCGGGUGCAGCUUGCAUCUGCUGUGUGCUCGCACCAGCUGAAGCACCGAACGAAGCAGGAUCGAUAAUCGAUCCCACACGUCGCGUAGAGCCACUUCGAGGCGCAGUCUGCAAGCUUUUACAGCGGUAGCACCCGCUGCACACACUGCGUGCUCAUACUGCAGCAGCCAUGCGCGCGUUCCUCCUCAUAGCUGCAGCGCUGCAAGCAGCAGCCUUCUCACCCCCUCGCGCAGCACUCAGCUACAAACAGCAGAGUGCAACGAGUGCAACAGCGACGUUUGCACGCGGCGGCGCACUCGCGGCCGCGACGCGCGACGAAUUGAUUGGAGAGGCCACUGGCACAGCAAUACUACUCACGUUUGGCUACGGCGCGGUGGCCACGUCCGCCAUCGACGGCGCAUUGACGCUGUCGGGCGUCGCGGCGGUCUGGGGAUUGGGCGUCGCGCUCGGAGUGCUCGCGUCGAACGACCUCUCCGGAGCCCACUUGAACCCGGCGGUCACAGCUGCGUUAGCCGCGACCCAAAAAUUCCCCGUCAAAAAGGUCGUACCUUACAUUGGCGCGCAGCUCGUGGGCGGCAUGGUUGCCUCUGUUCUGACGAGCGCGACGAGAGGACUGGCGCUCGCGGCGCCGGCGCCGUGGAUCAUGGGCUUCCCGGGCCUGACUUCGGCGCGCGCGUGCUUCAUCGAGGGCUGGACGACGGCCAUCCUCGCGACCAUGGUCGUGGUGACCGGGGGACGGCGCCACGCCAGCACCGUGCCUGGCAAAGGUGGACCGUUCAUCGUCGGCGCCACAGUCGCGGGAAUGAUCUGCCUCGUCGGACCGCUGACGGGCGCGGGCUUCAACCCGGCGCGCGACCUGGCGCCGCGGCUCGUCGCGUUGCUCUCGGGCGGCGCGGGCGCCUUCCCCGCGGGCUGGUGGAUCUAUAGCGCGGGACCCGUCGUCGGCGCGGUCCUCGGCGCGGCGCUCUGCCUGCGGUGCCUCGGGUCGGACAAGUAAUUUGUUUAGGAUGU